AUGGAGUCCAAGACCAACGAGUGGAAUAAGAAUGACGACCGGCUGCUGCAAGCUGUGGAGAAUGGAGAUCCAGAGAAAGUGGCUUCGCUGCUGGGCAAAAAGGGAGCCAGUGCCACCAAACAGGAUAGUGAGGGCAAAACUGCUUUUCACCUGGCUGCUGCUAAAGGACAUGCUGAGUGCCUCAGAAUUAUGAUGACGCAUGGUGUGGAUGUCACGGCACAGGAUGGUACAGGGCACACUGCUUUACAUCUUGCAGCAAAGAACAGCCACCUUGAUUGCAUCAAGAGGCUUCUUCAGUCGAAAUGCCCAGCAGACAGCACUGACAACUCUGGGAAAACAGCUUUACAUUAUGCGGCAUCAUGUGGCUGCCUUCAAGUAGUUCAACUUUUGUGUGAGCACAAAUGCCCAAUUAAUGUCAAAGAUUUGGAUGGGAAUAUACCCCUGCUGCUCGCAGUACAAAAUGGCCAUGCUGAGAUAUGUAAACAUCUUCUGGAUCACGGAGCGGACAUCAAUUCCAGGGACAAAAAUGGAAGAACUGCUUUGAUGCUGGCUUGUGAAGCUGGAGGCCUUAACGUUGUGGAAACCUUGAUUAGAAAGGGUGCUGACUUCAGCCUUGUAGAUGCCCUUGGACACGAUGCCCUACAUUACUCAAAGCUCUCUGAGAACGCUGGGAUUCAGAGCCUCCUCCUGUCGAAGAUCUCUCCAGAUGCCGAUACGAAGUCACCAACAAAGCCAAAGCAGCAUGACCAAGUCUCUAAAUUAAGUUCAGAAAGAAGUGGAACUCCAAAAAAACGCAAAGCCCCACCUCCUCCUAUCAGUCCUAUCCAGUUUAGUGAUUUGUCCUCUCCACGUUCAGCAACCUCAACUCCAAUUGCUGGAAAAGGACAGGCGUUCUUCGCUGAACAAGUAUGCAAGGAAGAGAUCAGCUCCAUUCAGCGAGAUAACAAGGAUAGACUGAGUGACAGCACUACAGGUGCUGAUAGCUUACUGGAUAUAAGUUCUGAAACUGACCAGCAAGAUCUGCUUGUAUUGUUGCAAGCAAAAAUUGCUUCUCUAACACUACACAAUAAGGAGUUACAAGACAAAUUACAGGAAAAAGCACCCAGAGAAACAGAAAUGGAUUCCACCCUAGAUUCCUAUCAUUCCACCCAAACAGAGUUUGAUCAGUCAGUGGACAGACAAAGUCAAACCUCCGCUCAGGAGCUAAAAUCAUCCUCAUUAAAUGCAACACAAACUCAAGAGAAGUCAACAAACAACAAUGAAGUAAAAAUUAAGCAUCUACAAGAAGAUUUAAAGGAUGUACAGAGGAAAUUAGAUAAUUCCGAAGCAAAAAGAAAGCACUUAGAGACCCAACUUCAGUCUAGAAUCCCAGAAACAAUUCAUUUAAACAGUGCAGAUAUUUCAGAAAAUAGCUCUGAUCUUAGCCAGAAACUUAAAGAAACCCAAUGCCGGUAUGAAGAAGCUAUGAAAGAGGUCUUGAAUGUACAAAAGCAGAUGAAAUUGGGUCUUGUUGCUUCUGAAAACAAAGAUACUUACUCGGAUGUCCAUGAACUGAGGGUUACAUGUGAGGAAAUUGAAGUGCUAAAGCAAGAACUCAGGAAAGCAUUAGAGGAAAGUGAAAGGCAUAAAGAGAAAGUGAGAGAGCUACAGGAAAAACUUGAAGAAAGAGAGCAGAACGUUGCUAGCAAAAUGUCUGUGGAAGAAUGUGAGGAAAUAAAAAAUUCUUAUUGUUCAAUAAUUGAGAACAUUAACCAAGAGAAAGCUUUGUUGAUUGAGAGAUACAAAGAAGGGCAAGAAGAAAUCAAAAGACUACAAGACAAGUUAAAUCAGAUGCAGUUGGAAUCCAGUGAUGAACCUCAGGAGAUGAAAGAAGCAAGGAUUAGAAUGAUAGAUGACCUACACAGACAAGUUAGUGAGCUGUCUCAGUUGUACAAAGAAGCACAAACAGAGCUUGAAGAUUACAGGAAGAGGAAAGCAUUAGAGGAUGUAGCUUUGGAAUACAUUCCUAGAGAUGAGCAUGAGAAACUGAUGCGGGUAACAAAUUCAUUGAAAGAUAAAGCUGAAGAUGCAUUAUCUGACAUGAAGUCCCAGUACACACAGGUAUUAAAUGAAGCAGCACAGCUCAAGCAACUGAUAGAUACUCAAAAACAAAACUCUGUACCAGUUGCUGAGCAUCUUGAGGUGGUAACUGCUCUCAGGUGUACGGCAAAAGAAAUGGAGGAAGAAAUAAAUGAACUUAAGGAAGAGCUUAUUAACAAGGAAACUGAGGUAAGAAAUCUGCAGAAGGAAUUGUUGGAAGAAAAAGCUGCAAUUAAUGAAGCGAUGGUGCCCAGAGCUUCAUAUGAAAAACUCCAGUCAUCGUUAGAAGGUGAAGUUAAUAUUUUGUCAUCCAAACUAAAGGAUUUAAUGAAAGAGAAAGAGAACGUGUCCUUAGAUGCUGCACAAUUGAGAAAUGAAGUUUUGCAAUUAAAAGAGGAAAAAGAAGGUGCUCAAACUCUCCUUGAGGCUAAGGAGCAGGAAAUAAAUGGACUUUACCGUAAGUACCAUCAAGCUCAAGAAGAUCUUCUUGACAUGAAAAGAUAUGCAGAAAGCUCGUCAAAGCUAGAAGAAGAUAAAGAUAAAAAGAUCAAUGAGAUGUCCAAGGAAGUUAGCAAGUUAAAAGAAGCAUUGAACAGCCUUUCUCAGCUUUCCUACUCAACCAGUGCACCCAAAAGACAAAGCCAACAGCUGGAGGCAUUACAGCAACAAGUGAAACAGUUACAAAAUCAACUGGCUGAAACAAAGAAACAGCACCAGGAGAUUGUAUCAGUUUACAGGAUGCAUCUUCUCUAUGCUGUGCAGGGUCAAAUGGAUGAAGAUGUUCAGAAAGUGCUUAAACAGAUUUUAACAAUGUGCAAAAGCCAAUCACAAAAAAAGUGA